GUGGCAGAGAGGGAUAGAGCGUCGGAGCUGCUGCUACUCUUUCAUCAAUAAUCAGUCAUCGUCAUCUGAUGCAAUUGCUGUCAAUAACCUACAGAUCCACAGGGGACGGUCCGAUCAGCAGCUGGAAGCAGCUCCUGCCACUGACAUCUUUUUGCUGGCCACGCCUGUUAACCUCAGAGAUGAGCUUUCUGCGUCUCCCGAGCAUGCUCACUGUAAUCAUCCUUUCCCUGUGGGAGACGUCCGGCUGCGGGGCAAUGACGCUGAACUCCACGGCCCUCCUUCAGGUGUCAGCAAGAACACGAGGAGGGGGAGCGGGUGUCUACUCCACCCAGAGCAGGAGGAGGAGAAGCUGGGUGUGGAACCAGUUCUUCGUCCUGGAGGAGUACACGGGAGACGAGCCGCUCUACAUCGGAAAGCUCCACUCUGACCUGGAUAAAGGUGACGGACAGGUGAGGUACGUCCUGAGCGGCGAAGGAGCAAUGUCCAUCUUCUCCAUUGAUGAGGACACCGGAGACAUACACACCACCAAAAGCUUGGAUCGGGAACAGCAGGCGUACUACACACUGAGAGCUCAGGCUCGAGACCGAAAUACCAACCUGCCGCUCGAACCCGAGUCCCAGUUCAUCAUCAAGGUCCAGGACAUCAACGACAACGAGCCCAAGUUCCUGGAUGGACCGUAUGUGGCCCGGGUGGCUGAGAGGUCACCUGUAGGUACGUCUGUGUUGACCGUGGUGGCGACAGACGCCGAUGAUCCGACCUAUGGAAACUCCGCCCACCUGGUUUACAGCAUCCUGCAGGGGCAGCCAUAUUUCUCUGUGGAGCCAAAGUCAGGUGUGGUGCGUACAGCCCUGCCCGACAUGGACCGGGAGCUGCGGGACCAUUACCUGCUGGUCAUCCAGGCCAAAGACAUGAUUGGUCAGAUGGGAGGUCUGUCAGGAACCACAACGGUCACUGUGAUGCUGACUGAUGUCAACGACAACCCACCUCGCUUCCCCCGCAAGAGUUACCAGUUCAGCGUCCCAGAAUCCACACUGGUGUCAGCGGUGGUCGCGAAGAUCAAAGCUCUGGAUGCGGACGCGGGUCCAAACGCUGAGAUGGACUACAGGAUCCUGGACGGGGAUGGACUGGGAACCUUCAGGAUGCUCACAGACCCCCACACACAGGAAGGACUGGUCAUCCUGAUCAAGACUCUGGACUUUGAGACCAAGACCAGCUACGCUUUACGCGUCGAGGCAUCCAAUCGCUACAUGGACACCCGCUUUCUGUCAGCUGGGCCGUUCAGCGACGUGGCGACAGUCCGGCUGCAGGUGGAGGACGUGAACGAGCCUCCGUGUUUUUCCCCCCGCAUCAGCCAGAUGGCGGUUUCAGAGGCAGCGCCGGUGGGAACUGAGGUGGGAUCGGUUUCAGCUCACGACCCCGACGCCUCAAAUUGUCCCAUCAGGUACGCCAUCGACAGGAAGUCGGACGUGGAGAACUACUUUGACAUUGACAGACAAUCAGGCGUGAUCCGGACGAGCAGACGUCUGGACAGAGAGCUGAGCGCUCUGCACAACAUCACUGUGCUCGCCACAGAGAGCUUGGAUCACUCUCAGGUGGGCAAAGCCGUGGUUCUGGUCUCUGUGACAGACGUCAAUGACAACGCUCCGAGCUUUCCCGUCGAGUACCAGACAUCCGUCUGUGAGGACGCCCAGCCGGGACAGAUCAUUGUGACGCUGAGCGCCGUGGAUUUGGAUGAACCUAAGAAUGGACAUCACUUCCUGUUUUCUUUGGCUGCCAAGGCUGCCUGGAACCAAAGCUUCGUCCUGAGAGACAACAACGACAACACGGCGUCUGUCCUGACGUGGCGGGCCGGGUUCCUGCAGCGGGAGCGGCCGCUCUACUUCCUGCCGGUGGUGAUUUCAGACUGCGGGACUCCGCCUCUCAGCAGCACCAACACGCUGACCGUCACCGUCUGCGAGUGCGAUCUUCAUGGAAAUCGUCGCAGCUGCGUCCAGGAGAUGUCAGCGCUGCUGCUGCCAGAAGGCCUCAGCCUCGCCGCUGUUGUCCUCCUCACCGGUCUCCUCACACUGCUGGGUGUCGCUAUGGUAACAGGGGCCAUCAGACGCAGAAGGAAGGAGCCUCUGAUUAUUGAUGAUGAGCGAGAUGUUCGUGAGAAUAUUGUUUGUUAUGACGAUGAGGGCGGUGGCGAGGAGGACACCGAGGCCUUCGACAUGUUCACGCUGAGACACCUGAACGAGACCAAACGGAGCUACCAUGUCACCGCCCCUGAGCCCCCGCCAUCCAGGGAAGAUAAACACCAACUGUUCCAGGAGUUCAUCGAGGACCGGCUCCGGGAGGCCAACCUGGACAUGACGGCACCACCCUUUGACUCUGUGCAGACGUACGCUUUGGAGGGCAGCGGGUCAGCUGCUGUGUCGCUGAGCUCGUUUAGCUCGUUAACCUCGCUGGAGUCAGAGCAGAGCUACCACUUCCUGAGUGAGUGGGGGCCAAAGUUUCGGAAGCUUGCAGAACUCUACAAAGACCGCGAGGGAGGUGGUGCCUCAUAGAGUGCACGCCUUGCGGCAACAGGUGUGUGGUCUGUUUAGCCCAUAUGAACUGGAUUAGUCCUCACACCAGGAGCUCUGAGCACCCUGAACCAGAGCAGAACCUGUAGAAGUACCGGCAGCUGGACCUGGAACCAGCCAGCUCGAGCUUGAGCUGCCUGACUGGACCUUUACGUAGUUACUGUGAAAUAUUUCCUGCUGUUGCUAUUUCACAAUAAAAGCUUGCCAGUGGUGCUGCUUUUAUUUUGUAA